ACGUUUAGGUUCACACCUUCCAACUGUUUGAUUUAAUUCCCCCAUUGAGUUCUUUUCACGGUUCUUUACUGUUCUGUUGAAAGAAAAUAAACCCUUUUUUUUCUCUCUCUCUCUCUCUCCCCCUCUAUCUUCUUUAACGAGAAGGGUGAGAUUCCAGUUGGUGUUUGAAAUCAAGGGCAAGAAAGAAGAUCAAAGAUGGGUUCUUGUUUCAGUGUUGGAUUAAAAAUCGAUAGUUCACGUCUCGAUGGUAAGGUUACGUCUGCCUCGGUACCACCUAGCCCUCGGAGCCCCAGGACUCAGACCGAGAUUUUGCAGUCAGGAGAUUUGAAGCCCUUCAGUUUUAAUGUACUUAAAAUGGCUACCAGGAACUUCCGUCCAGAUAGUGUUCUGGGAGAAGGUGGUUUUGGUUCCGUUUUCAAGGGGUGGAUCGAUGAGCAAUCACUUGCAGCUGCCAAGCCCGGUACUGGCACUGUUAUUGCUGUAAAGCGGUUAAACCAAGAAGGUCUUCAAGGCCAUCAAGAGUGGUUGUCUGAAAUUAAUUAUUUAGGACUGCUAAAUCAUCCAAAUCUUGUGAAGUUAAUUGGUUACUGCCUAGAGGAUGACCAGAGACUCCUAGUAUAUGAGUUCAUGCCUCGAGGCAGCCUGGAAAACCAUCUAUUCAGGAGGAGUUCCUACUUUCAACCACUCUCUUGGAACCUACGAAUUAAGGUUGCACUUGGGGCUGCAAAGGGGCUCGCGUAUCUUCACAGCCCGGAAGCAAAAGUGAUAUACCGUGAUUUCAAGUCUUCCAAUAUCUUGAUCGAUUCUAAUUACAAUGCAAAACUUUCUGAUUUCGGGUUGGCAAAGGACGGACCAGUAGAUGGGAAAAGCCACGUCUCCACAAGAGUUAUGGGCACAUAUGGAUAUGCAGCUCCUGAAUACAUGGCCACAGGUCACUUAACCGCAAGAAGUGACAUAUACAGUUUUGGGGUGGUUCUCCUGGAAAUCUUGACAGGGAGGCGGUGCAUCGACAAGAACCGCCCAUCUGGUGAGCAAAUACUCGUUGAGUUUGCUAAACCGUAUUUGAGCAGCAAACGAAGGAUUCUUUACAUCAUGGACCCGCGAAUAGGUGGGCAAUACUCACCAACUGUAGCAAUCAGAGCGGCAAUGCUUGCGAUGAAAUGUUUGUUGAAAGAACCGAAGCACAGACCGAGUGCUGAGGAGGUGGUAAAAGCAUUGGAGCAGCUUCAAGAGUUGCAAAAGGCCACGGAUGGUUCAAGAAGAGAACCGAUUCGGAGACACCACGAUAGCAAGCCCAGUUCAUAUCCGAGACCUGCAGGUUCGGGAUCGGGAUCGGGAUCGAGUAGUGAGAAGAGGAGUUGAGAAAAGAGAGGUGUACAGUUUUGACAUGAAUUGGGGUUGGGUGAAAGAAAGCACAAUAGAAUGUAAAGAAGAAAUGUGACAUAUUGAGAUCCCAAUUGGGAAUAUUGAAUGAGAUUUAUAUGUAUUGUUGGUA